CCCGGUGAUGGUGUCAGAGUUGACGGUUUUCCUUCUCUCCCCCUCGGGAGGUGCCGCAUCGCAGACGAGAGAGAUGAGACCCUGCCGAUCGAUGAAGGCCUGACCCCCUGUGAUGAGCAGGGCCACCCACCCUUCAAUGGCGCCCCUGACGAUGAGAAGCCCAGUGCUGGUGACCGUUGCCCCCCCACAACUGCUGAUUCCCCUCCCCGCCAUCAUUAUUCUGGUGGUCGGCGUCUACCUGGUGCUGGUAGUGAUGGCAGUCAUCGUUCGUCAGUGGCUGCUGGCACAAGGGGUGUGUGGAGAGAGCAACUGUGGGGGUCUGGGUGAGGACAGUCCGUGUGGCCAGUGUCUGCUGACUCUGGCCCAGAGUUGUGACUGUCGCCUGCCCACCCUCACCAAGUGUAUGGACCAUUGCUGUCCUCGCUCGCUGGACUGUGGACGGGGCAACUGCCCUUGCUGCCCCCUCUGUGACUGUGCCUGUGCCUUCCAGCUGCCCGACUGUGAGACCACCAACUGCAUCUGCUUUGAGAUCAAACUCCGCUGAUGGGGAGAGGACAUUCCCUCAGUCCUUCAUUCGGCCUUCCAGUGGCUUGGUAAUCCACAAUAUCAGAGCAGAAUGAGGCCAUUCAACCCAUUGUCUGCUCACGCAUUCUAACCCAUUCCCAUUCUCCCACCCUCUCUGUUCCCCCCAUUAUCCAUCAAGAACCUAUCAAUCUCUGCCUUAAAUACCAUCAAUGACCAGCCCUCCACAGCUGUCCUUGCCAACGAAUCCCACUGAUCACCACCUUACAGCUGAGGAAAUUCCUCCUUGUCUCAUUUCUAAAUGAGGUCCCUUUCACUGAUGCUAUGCUAUUGGAUCACAGUCUAUGCCACUACUGGAGACAUCCAUAGAACAUAGAACAUAAAAUAGUACAGCACAGUACAGGCCCUUCGGCCCACUAUGUUGUGCCGACCCUCAAACCCUGCCUCCCAUAUAACCCCCCACCUUAAAUUCCUCCAUAUACCUGUCUAGUAGUCUCUUAAACUUCACUAGUGUAUCUGCCUCCACCACUGACUCAGGCAGUGCAUUCCACGCACGAACCACUCUCUGAGUAAAAAACCUUCCUCUAAUAUCCCCCUUGAACUUCCCACCCCUUACCUUAAAGCCUUGUCCUCUUGUAUUGAGCAGUGGUGCCCUGGGGAAGAGGCGCUGGCUACCCACUCUAUCUAUUCCUCUUAUUAUCUUGUACACAUCUAUCAUGUCUCCUCUCAUCCUCCUUCUCUCCAAAGAGUAAAGCCCAAGCUCCCUUAAUCUCUGAUCAUAAUGCAUACUCUCUAAACCAGGCAGCAUCCUGGUAAAUCUCCUCUGUACCCUUUCCAAUGCUUUCACAUACUUCCUAUAGUGAGGCGACCAGAACUGGACACAGUACUCCAAGUGCCCUCUGCUUUUAGAAACCAUAGAAACUACAGCACAGAAACAGGCCUUUUGGCCCUUCUUGGCUGUGCCGAACCAUUUUCUGCCUAGUCCCACUGACCUGCACACAGACCAUAUCCCUCCAUACACCUCCCAUCCAUGUAUCUGUCCAAUUUAUUCUUAAAUGUUAAAAAAGAACCUGCAUUUACCACCUUGUCUGGCAGCUCAUUCCAUACUCCCACCACUCUCUGUGUGAAGAAGCCCCCCCUAAUGUUCCCUUUAAACUUUCCCCCCCUCACCCUUAACCCAUGUCCUCUGGUUUUUUUCUCCCCUUGCCUCAGUGGAAAAAGCCUGCUUGCAUUCACUCUAUCCAUACCCAUCAUAAUUUUAUAUACCUCUUAUUAAAUCUCCCCUCAUUUUUCAAUGAGAUCUUCCCCCUCCUCCUGACCCCAGUCGAGUAGAGGCCCAGGACCCCAGUGGCUCCUCCUGUGUCAAGCCGUCUCCAUCCAGGGACCGUCCUUCUGAAUCUCCCCUUUCCAAUGGCAGCACACAGGGCCCAAAACUGCUCACAGUACUCCAAGUGCGUCUGACUGAUUCCCUAUGUACAGCCUCACUGGUACAGGUCGACCUUCACUAAUCCGACUACCUGUAAUCUGGUUUCUUCCAUACUCUGGCACUGAUCAUGCUUAAUGUGAUCCUUCUGUAAUUCGGCAUUUUCACUAAUCCGGUCCCAGUGGUGCUGGAUUAGAGAAGGUCGACCUGUACAACGUGGAACAAUACAGUACAGGCCCUUCGGCCCUCGAUGUUGUACCGACCUCGUAACCUACUCCACCAUCAAUCUAACCCUUCCCACCCACACAGUCCAUCAUUUUUCUUUCAUCCAUGUGCCAAUCUAAAAGUCUCUGACACUAUCCCUGAGAGGGCAUCCCGCACAUCCACCACUCUCUGUGUAAAAAUGCCCCCUGACAUCCCCCUAUACUUUCCUUCAAUCAUUUUAGCAUUAUGCCCCCACAUAUUAGCCAUGUGUACCCUGGGAGGAAGGGGUAUUAUAGCAGCCCCUAUUUGCCAUUUCUACCACAGGAUACAGGCACUGGUUGUGCCUCACUAACUUGUAUACCCGCGUCAGAUCACCUUUCAUCCUCCUGCAUAUUCUAAAGGGGAAAACCCUAGCUUGCUUAAACUUUCCUCAUACAACAUGCUCUCUAAACCAGGCCGCAUCCUGGUGAAUCUCCUCUGCACCCUCUCUAAGCCUUCUACAUCUUCCUGUAAUGAUGCAACGAGAACUGAACACAAUAUUCCAAGUGUGGUCUGACCAGGGUUGCAGAUCUUGAACUCAAUCCCCCGACUAAUGAAGGCCACCUUGUGCCUUCAUGUUCGAGUCCUGGGUGAAUGAGAAGGGAGGGGACCAGUAUAUCUACCUCGAGGGGUGGUGUAAGUUGAAACUUUGUACUUUGCGCGGUUUUGUAUAUGAUAUUAAAUAUCUUUUA